AUGUAUUUCGAGGAGGGAGUUGUUCGUUGUUUGACUGAAGGCUUUAUCUCAGUUAUAACAUGUGACGAAAGCCGCCAACGAUAUUGGGAAUUGAUUGACAUGAAAAUCCCAGAUGACCUCGACUUUGGGUUUCGGAGGUGA